GCUUGACUAUGUUGGAAGUUGGAAGCUUCGAUAGCUUUACAUACACGAGCCAUUGUGCACCAUGUCCUUUCCAUGACUCAUUAAACUUUCACUGCUCAAUACAUAUCACGAAAUUCUAGGAUUAUUCUUCUGCAGGAACUUAAGCUAUCCCCAAGCACAUCAACUAGAAAUCCCACAUGCUCAAUCAGAUUCACGAUACCCCCAUACACCACCCAAUUGCUCUCUUCGCAAACCCAGUUCUCCGAUUAAGUCGAUGUCAUGUUAACGACAGCGCCGUACCUGCGCAUCCGGCGCCCGUCCCCGACAACAACAGAGUUCAUCGUGUCGACCCUCCCGCCGCAGACGCUGCCGCUACGUCUUGCCCUCGGGGCCGUGUACUUCGUGCGUCUGCUACUCGCACUCGCCGUCGUGCUCAUGAUGUACGCGGCCCAGAGCUCGUACUACUCGACAACACCCCUUCAGCCGCUACUGCUGCCGUCGAUGAAGGCGUCAGUAGCGAAUAUACAAUCGAAUUCUACCACGACGACGACAGGUGCUCCCGCCGCAAAUAGUCCCAUCGACGUCCUCGUUACCACGCCUAUCUUCUCCCUCGCCUUCGUCCAGCAGACCCUCAACGUACUGCUAUCCUCGCGCCUAGGAUCCCUCCUUUCUAAGCUCGCGCACUCCGUGCCCCCGUGGAUCUUAAUCCCCUGCUGCGUAGGGACGCUAUACCUCCUCUCGCUGCGCAUCGGCGCCGAGGAGCGGCUCCUAGUCCUGCGAGGUCUGGGGGUCCAGACGAGUUCCAGCGGCGCAACGGUCUUCUCCGCGCUCAGGACGCGCUUCAUCCCCACCGACAAGAUCCAGGACAUCCUGAUCAACGAGGCCUUCCGUGGCUUCGAGGUCCGGCACUACCUGAUUGUCAUCGUCGAAGGGGAGGAGCACAUCGUCGUCGUGUUUCCGCAGCUGCUCCCGCGACCGCGUAUCUUGGAGAAGGUGUGGAAGGGCGCGAGGGAGUGUCUUUAUGGGCGGGAUGGGGAGGACGGAAAAGAAGAAUGGAGGUCUCAGGGGGACGGCACGGCUUAGAAGAACGAUGAGUCGUCUCCCUGUGAGCCGCCGCAGCCGCGUCGUAGACAUGGAUGGGGAGUUGGGGACUCGUGGAUAGUGGUUUAGGACGGGUUUAUUUGAUUGGCGUAUGGCUAUGAUGG